CUUUACCUCACCCUACCAUGUCUUCAUCAGACUCUGACACAUCAUCGUCAGCCUACAACUCCAAUAAACGCGCGUCUUCAUCAAACUCUGACGUGACAUUAUCAACUUCCAACUCCAAGAAGCGUACAUCUUCAUCAAGCUCUAACGCGUCGAAAAAACGUGUCUCAACUGAUGAUAUCCUCGAUAAUCUUACUAUCACUGGCAGGCAGAAGAAAAUAAAGUUGAGCGACGUGUUAUCGGAAUAUCGCAUGGCCGGGCGCAAAGUGGUCCUUACAUUAAAUCCAUUUGCCAGCGUGUCACUUGCAUUUCAUUAUGGGAUGAUGCUUGACAAGGGAGGUGUCUCCAAUUCAAACAUAUCUGAUGAGCAACAAACUCGUUACCUUGUCGUAUGACGAACUUAAACCAUAUAUCACAGCGAUUAACAGUGCCAUGAGCUCACAACGAUCCGACGACUUCGCAUCCCUCAAACAUCCGAUGCUCGAAUAUAUUUUGAUGAACCGUAACAGUGAUACCCUGCAGCCUCCCAUACCAAAGUCAUCCUGUAAGUCCAACCGAGGCACCAAUCAUCCACGAUUGGCGCAUGAGCUUUGCCCUCGGAAGUGGCUGGACAAAUUUGAUAUCGAUGUCGACUUAGGAAUUCAGUGUCUUCAAGAUGGGACUUGGCCUUUACUCUCAACUAAUUGGCCGUCAUUCCUAUAUGCAGCUGAUGCCAUCUACGACAGCGAGGACCCGAACAUUGGCCUCUUUCGUGGGCAUGCUGGUAUCAGGGCAUUCCAGCACUUGUACCUAGGUCCUGCUGCUGCAGGAUCAGAGGAACAUAAUGAUGAUGACAGCAAGCACGGUAGAAGCAAGUCCAAGGCUACCAUGUAUGGGCUUACAAAGGUGACGCCACAAGCAUGGGCUUGGGCCAUGUGUGCAGCGUGGUUUUCGCUCUCGGCCUGCAACUCGUACAAAGUGUGCAUCGGGUCAUUCAACCUAGAAGAUUUCUUUUUCACUAUCCUCAAAACUCUUGAUGAUCCCGAGGACCCAUGGGUAGUAGAGACAAUGGCAUGGAUUAACGAACAGGUUUUUGGGAAACAUGCAGCCAAGGCCAUGACGGCUGCCGCAGAUGACACUGAUUCUGACCUUGUGAAAAUGCGAGCGAAACAUGCUGCUUGUAAACAAGGUAACACUUCGACAUCAGCAACAAACAAUGUUGUGCACAGUACCACUACUUCUCCACCCUCAGUAUCAGCAGCAGAACACCCAUCAUCACCUGCACCACCACUAUCUCCACCCAGACUCCCUCCGCAGGUUACACCUUCCACGUCAUCACCACCACGUGCCUUGACACCACUAUCUGACUCAGAAUCAUUCCCACCCUCCCCGGCAAAACAGCCACCUGCUAUACCCACAGCCAUUCUUCCCAAGCCAGUGCCUGUUGCACACAAAAAGGCCAAGCCUGUCCCCAGACCAAAGGCCAAACCAGCACCCAAGCCACGAUCCAACACUCGUGGUUCUGUGUGUCUCUCUGCUGGUGCUAUUCAGGUUGAAGAACCCACUAACGAGGUGGGUGAUACUGGUAUUCUGGAUGUGAAUGCUCCCGUGCCUCCAAAGAAAAAGCCUGUGCCCCGUCGUGGUAAAAAGGCUGCCUAGGUAUUUUGAAUCCUGGUUGGUUUGUGUAUUCUGACUCUUGCUUUAAUCACACAGGUUUGAAUGUGGUCGCUUGUUGCAUUCCACUUGGUCAUCUCGUGCCCAUCAUGCUGUACAUUAUACUCGCACUCACGACUGCUCCCACACUUACAAUAUUUCGUUUCUCGCACCAUCAUUUUUGCUCUCAUUGGAUCCUUGCUCCUGCUUUUGGACGGCGUUGGACUCGCAUAGACACCUGUGUAGUUUUACUACUUGCACUGCUUUGUAUUGUAUGAUCAUGAAAUUCACUGGAUUCCGUUUA